AUGGGAAGGAGGGAGGGAGGGAUGCCACUAGUAAACUGCGUCGCUGCAGGGGCUCACAUGCUGCCGAACAAGAUGCCUCAAGACAGUUUCAGAUCAGUGGUUUGCAGGUCCCUUUCAAAGAGUCAUCCCUCCAGCUCCAGGAGCAAAGAUGGCGGCUAUCCUGAAAGGACUCAGUGUGAUGCCCCUUAUGUUGUCACACUACGACCCACAGUCUGCCGAAGCUGCCAAAGCCAGGAUUGGCGCCCCUCGCAAAUCAACCGGGAGGAGAGGUCCAUCUUAUCGCAAAGAGAUUACGUGAUGGGUUCCACACUCUCGAGGCAUUUUGCCGAGGACCUCCUUAGGGGUGCUAUGGACCUCCAGGACUCCCUUGUGAUGCUUGAGAAGUUCCAAACAGUGUCACAGAGCAUGCGGCAAUCGACUAAGCAGAGAAGGCCAGGGAAUGGCGAGGAAUCAUUUGACGUGACCGGAAUCCAUGAAGCACUCUUCGAAGCAUCAACCGCCAAGAAGCUGGUCCCUGGAAGUGUCAGCUGUAGAUUCGAUGGGCAACUAAGGAAUUCUACCGACGAGCUGAAGAGAGUGAUCAAGGACAGCCUUUACAGGGUGAAACUCUUGUCAGUGUCCUCCAAUGGUGAGCAGCAGGCCUCCUUGAGUCAGUCAUCACAGAGCACGCCAAACAAUACCGCCGUAUCCAAGUCUACUAAGCAGAAGAAGGUGGUGCCAAGAUCAUUAUCGUGUCCACCUGUGCAACCUGACAAGUCCAAAACCCCAAGUUUGGUACCAACAAAUAAAACCCCGAGUUUGGUAGCAAGGCUCAUGGGCCUUGAAGGUUUGCCCCCACACAAGGGAAAUACCGCCAAGAAAGAUAAGACACUGAAGACAGUAACUUCACCAAGGGCGCAGUUUGAUAUUGACAUGCCUAAGUCAAAACCACUACCAGCAGAAAAGCUACCAAGACAGUCGUUAGGAAAGGACUUGCAACGUAAGGGGAAGGCAGGGCAGGAAAUGAUGAAGACAACCCAAGUCAAGAGGCUUUUAAAUACCAUGAAUUCUGAUGAGCGCAAGGUCCAGCAGCACAAUGUUCAGAUGGAUUUUCCUUAUUUUCAUGAGCACACCCUUCCUUCGCAAGAUACCUCAGCGGCUACUGAAGUUGGCUCGGUGAAAUCAAUCCAAAGAGAACAAAGGAUGGGCCAAGCUCAAACCAGAACCCCCAAGGAUGUGAAGGUUGUAUCUCAUAUAACCCGAAAGCAGCACAUAGAACAAAAAAUUGAGAUCAACAGUAGAAGCAGCAAUAAACAGAAAUAUCAUUUGGCUGAUAGGAAGGGAGAAAGGAGGAAGGAUGUGAAGGCUAAGGCAGCAUCAGCAUCUCACACUAAAGCUAAACUAGUGAAGAAGACUGAGAAGAAAUCGGUUGCAUCAAGUAGCAAUCCUUCAACAUGCCGUACAAUGAAGCCGGUCUUACGAAGAACACCUGGUAGUUCCAGAGAGAAAAUAGUGUCAAGUAGAAAUGUGAACAACUCAAUUAUUGAUGACAUUGUGGCCUAUGAGGUGCACAGAGAGUUCAUCCAAACUGAUUGUCCAUCCACAGAACAUAGUGCGACACCUAGUGAUGAAAGCUGCCAGAGCGCUGAUUGGGACACAGAACCUUCCAUCGAUGACACUCAGGAAGAUUUAAGCAGGUCCAGUGAAGCUUCACCGAUUUCCAGCCAAAGCAGCCCAUCAACAAACAGAACACCAAAAAAGGAAGUUGAAAUAAAAGACGAGAUGAGUUUGCUUCUCCUAAGCAACAAGUCAUUCGUUAACCAAGCAGCACAACUCAUAGGCAUUAACUCAUAUGAUUAUGACCAUCUGAUCGAGCAAUACAAAGAUACCAGCAAGGCUGAAAUGGGAGAUCGUGAACUCUACACAGACAUAGCAAUAGAGCAACUGGAACGAAAACAUCGUCAGCAGAAUAGCCUGUAUUACACCGGAUUCAGGACCCAGAAAUGCGGAGCAACACCAUACUUCUCCCUCGAGGCAUUGCUAGGUGAUAUCAGCGAUGGGACCCGAAAGCUGAAGAGCUACACUGACGACAAAGACGACCAUGGCAGUGGCACCAAAGACAGUAUGUCCAUGAAGCUGGAGAGGGAUCUUGGAUGCACGGACCCGUCGAUCAACAGCGCGUGGGACAUGGGGUGGCAGGAUUGGAUCUGCAUGGAGGAAACGGAGUGCUGGGUAAGGGACGCCGGGGAGGACGUUCUGUCCUUGCUCAUUGAGGAGGUUGCUUUGGAAAUGCUGGUAAACUGA